AUGGCUGCCAACCUGCAAUCCACGGAUUUCAGAGAAACUUUUAUAGAAAAAUUGCAGCGCGAAAACAUUGGCGAAUAUCGCUCGAUUCGCCUCGAUGAAUGGAAGGAAGGAGACAAGGUUCAUCGCAAUUGGACGUACAUCAAUUGUUCGCCACUCGAAGGCUCCGGUCUCGUUAAUGCAUCAUCCACCAAACGGGCCCAAAGUGCUCAAUCAUUGAUGAAGACUGGCGAUAGAAGUGAUCCACCAUCGCCAGUUGUGCGCAAGCGAAAGCAGGAACGUAUCUUGGAAGAGGAGCAGUUCGAGAUUAAUGAAGAGCUCAAGCGUCAGAAGGAACGCCUCAGCAAGGAAGAUGAAAGGGAGAAGCGGAAGCAGGAACAGACGUUGAAACAGGAGGAGCUUGAGAUUCAAAAGGAAGUUAAGGACCAAAUGGGGCGUCUUGAGAAGACUAUGAAAGGAGGAGAUGCACUCGACCGGAAGCAAGAACGGAUCUUGAAACAGGAACAACUCGAGAUUGAUGCGGAUCUCAAACGCCAAAAGGAACGUCUUAGCAAGGAAUUACUUAAGGAAGGAAUUACCAGCAAGCCAAGGAACCUCAAGGAAUUAUCGCCGCGUCAAUUGCAAGGGCAAUCAACUGGACGCCAAGAGUUUAAGCAAAAAGUCAACGCCGUCGAGCAUAUCACCAAUUUGGUGAAUGAGGAUCCGGAGGCACGGCGCCUUUGGAUGGAUAUGGUGAACAAUGUGCGUGAUGCGACCAACAAUUUGCGUUAUUGUCAGAAGAACAUUGGCGAGAAGCGGCUGCCUGGUGUGAACGAGGGAUGGGAGCAAAUGGAAGAAAUUUGCCUUGCAGUGGAUCAGUUGACACACGUGGUGAUUCGGAAGAAG